CGUACUCUCUCCCAAGUCCCAAUUCCAUCCGAUCUCGCUUCUGUUCGUCUCAUUUCCGCCCACCUUCUCACACAGAACGAAAGUCUCGCCGGCCGUUUCGUCCUCACACAGAUCGGAAACCAAUCUGGUCGCUGCGAGACUGCGAUCGACUCAGUCGGGUGUCGAACCCUUCUUCUCCAACAUACUCGAUUGCCACCGCUCCUUUGCAGGCACCUCGAGCAAAGACAUACCCUUCAUCUUCUCGAAAAGCUGUCUUCUCCGAUGACCGUGAAAGGGUGUUAAUAUCCUCGAGCUGCAGAUAGGAUGAAGCUGAAGGUGGUCAGUCGAAAAUUGUAUGAUUAUGUAAGGUAUGAUCUGAAAGAAAUUGCUUUCCCUUCCUCUCUUCCUGAUCCUCCGCAUAUCAAGAAGCGUAGGAAGCUCAGAUGGAUAGAGCGCUGGUAUAUUUUGAAGGAAGCAUCAAGGAUUUAUGCUGCCAGCUGGGUGCGGGACAUCGGCCCUGAUCUUAGGCCGAAUGACUACAAAAAGAACACAGAUGACGACGGCAAUCUCCGCCGAGAUGCUACUUCAGCUGACAAGAAAGAGCCUUCAAUGUUGGAAGACCUUGCUAUUGCAGCUAGAGGUGGAAUGGAGACUUUAAGGCCUGCUCUGCAGCGCAUAUAUAUGACCCGUGCAUCGGCAUACAGAGAUGCACUAACAGGAUUUAUACAAGGGUAUCAAGAAGAAUUAAAGAGAGUCAUGGAAGGGGACAAAGUUGACAAGGUCCACAGUCAAGAUGAUGAUGCAAAGAAACCAAACUGAUGUCUAUUUGGAAGAACAAGGAAAAGAAGCACAGAAGGCAAUCGAAGCUCCUGAGACAUGACGAUAUGUAUUUUAUUUUCCUUUGGAUGUCUUGUUACAUUUGUUGUUUGGAUUAUGAUAGAACUUUCAUGUUUGGACAUUAUGAGUUGUUGAACUUGUUGUUUGGAUUUUGGUUAUUUGUAUAUAUGAAUAUGAUGUGUUUAGUUUUGGAACUUGUUUGGAUUUUGGUUAUUUGUAUAUAUGAAUAUGAUGUGUUUAGUUU